AGCGGCUCUUUGAUAAGUAUCAAUCAUCUUCAAGGUACCCGAGCCAUGUCACCCAUGGCAACGAGUUAUGACAAGGUGGUCAAGUUGGCUUGCAAGCCAAAGGCCGCACCCCCAAAGGCCAAGUACAUGGACCCCAUCAUUGCUGCAACUUGGUCCGAAGAUGGUGCAGUGCAUGAUGUGUGCAAAGCCUUGGCUCCCCGCUUCCGGGAACCAAACGCAGUCGUCGUCUUCAAAGCGCUCAUUGUCCUACACUCCAUGAUUCGCAAUGGGGCCACCGACAACGUUCUCUCCUAUCUGUCGUCGUCGGAUGUGUUGCGCCUGCGGAAUAUCUCUUCUGGGCACUGGGAAGGGUACAAUGCACCUGAGAACCUUCAAAAUUAUGCGACUUAUCUUGAUACCCGUAUUCGAGCUUACCACGAUCUCAAGCAUGAUGCUAUCCGUGUGCAGUCCGAGACAAACAGGGACCUGCGAAACUCUCAGGCGAUCGAGGAAGGACGUAUAGCGAAUGGCGAGAAAGCUCCCAGUACAAAGUCUACGCGACGACGGUUUGGAAGUAGCAAGAAGGAGCCCGUGGAAGAGAUCCCGGUUUCGACUGGAGUGCAGCGAAGCAAGACGGUGGCUGGAAGGAAGCUGAGGGUGAUGACGGUGGAGAAGGGUCUGCUGAGGGAGACAAAGAUUGUGCAGAAAAUGAUUGAUGCACUAGUGGAAUGUCGGUUCUACCUGGAUGACCUGGAGGAUGAGCUCAACAUUACGGCACUGCGUAUGCUCGUCAAGGAUCUGUUGAUUCUCUUCCAGGCGUGCAAUGAGGGUGUGAUUAAUGUGCUUGAGCAUUACUUUGAGAUGUCCCGAAUUGAUGCGCAAGAGGCCCUGGCCAUCUAUCGCCAUUUCUGCAAAGAGACGGAGCGUGUCGUUGAAUACCUCGGAGUUGCGAAGAAACUUCAGAACUUGCUCAGCGUCCCUAUUCCUAACCUAAGACAUGCGCCUGUCUCUCUUGCAGGUUCACUGGAAGAAUAUCUCAACGACCCUAACUUUGAGCAGAAUCGUAUUGAAUACAAGACUAACAAGGAAGCGGCUGAUAGGAAUGCGAAGACGGGUGUCAGGGGACCGAUCAAACCGGCUGAAAAGAGUGAAUCACCGAAACCUUCAUCUGACACGUCGACCGCUCAGCCGUCGACGUCAACAUCUGCCCCUCCAGCUGCCAAAUCGAGCAGUCAAACCAUGGUCGACUUCUUUUCAGCGAUCGAAGGGGAGCAACAGUCCAUGUUUAACCCUCAGACGAACAGCCCGACUUCUCAUUAUUUCCAGCAGCAGGCCGCAUACAACCCUUUCGUGCAACAGCAGAUGAUGACAGGCGCACCUUUCGGCCAGAUGCCUCAGCAGCAGGCAAUGUUGCAUAUGCAAGCUACCGGGAUGUUCCCCCAACAGCAACCUCAGCCUACAAAUCCGUUUGGUUUACAGCCUUCUCAGUCACAGCCGUUUGGGAACUUCUUGCAGGCGCAACCUACUGGCUUCCUACAGCCACAGGCAACGGGUGCUGCCAACCCGUUCCGCCAAAGCAUGGCAUUUCCAGGUGUGAUGGGUCAAGCUCCCGGCAUGCAGCAGCAACAGCAGCAUCCUCAGCAACAGAUGGGUGGUCCGUUUGCAAACACGAACCCGUUCCCAGCUGGUCUGGCUCCUAUGCAGACUGGUGUCCCUCCUAACAAUACUGGGUUCCAAUCGGCCAACAACCCAUUCCCCACUCAAGCUCAGAAUCCGUCUCCGAACCAGAACCCAUUUCCCCAACUGCACCAAACACAAUCUUCGAACCCGUUCCCAAACGCACAGCCACAAGGUUCAAAUCUUUUCGGAGCUACCCAACCGCAAUCGCAAACGACAGGUCCAUUCGGAGGUCCAAGUCCCUUCGCUGCGAACUCCACCGGGCCCUCAUCCUCAACACCGUCAUUCCCCCUCGUUUCGCCAUCUGCACAAGCACCUAAUUCCUCAUCGCCGUCAUUUGGCCCUGCACGACCCAUGUCAACGCCGCUUAAAGCGCCAAGCUCAUCCGAACUUCAGCCCGUCAAGACGCACCAGACUGGUUCGAGGAAUCCGUUUGGGGCACCAGCGCCGUCUCCGCCGCCUGUACCGAAAGUUCCAACAUUGAUGGAGUUAGCCAUGGGUAUGAGUGGUAGUCAGAACCAGGCGCAACAGCAGCAACAACAGCAACAACAGCAACAGCAACAAUUUGGUAAUCAGCGGUCACAGUCUACGGGUUUGACAGCAACGCCAACUGGGAUUGGUGGUGGAUGGGGAAGCACGGGAGGUCAGGGCAGUUCUGUGAUGUCCAGCAUUGCGUCCUCCUUUACUGGUAAUGCGUUAAACAAAUCGCCUCCAACGCGAUCAUAUACACUCUCCUCGUUCCCUACUGGCACAGCGUCGUCAGGGCCGACAGCAACAGGUUCUACAUUCUCGUCCUCUCUGUUCUCAUCUCAAGCUACUGGUACAUCUUCCUCGUCACCCACGUCUCCAUCGGGACCUUCGAUAUCCGUCUCGCCGCCACACAUGCAGCCCCUGCAACCACAGACCACAGGAUUUACCGGUCUCAAAGCAUUCAAACCAUCUUCGUCGUUUGGCGCGCAAUUGCUUGAGUCUCUUCCGCCGGUGCCUUCUUCUGCACCAAUAAGUCCAGGCCAGUCAAGUUCAUCCGCCUUUAGUAACCCUUCGUUGAAUGGAAGUGCGACUGGCAACGCUCAACCUAAUGGGAUGAACAACUUCGGUACCAAUUCUACUGGGUUGAGUCCAGGAGUUGGUUUAAGACCUCAUGCUACAGGCGCUGCUGGCGUGGCCAACCCUUUCCGCGCAUCGAUGUUCUCGACAUCACCCGGGGGUCCUUUCGGCGCAGGUGGAGCCGGAUCUUCCUCACUGUCCAAUUCCAACUCAUUACCGGCGUUCGCAAACAUGCCGACAGGGAUGGGUAGUCAGUUCACGGGUAAUCCUGGCUCCGGAGGAGGCAUGGGUGCGAACCUUUUCGGUUCGGGACCUGCGUUUGGGAACUUUGGUCAAGACCCGGGCAAGUCUCAGCAACAGCAGCAGCAGCAGCAGCAGCAACAGAAUGGACACACAUCUUUGAUUUGAUUAACUCAGCAGUCAUUCCUUACAUACACCUAUCCCCCGUCUCAUGACUUAUACACACGCAUACCAAGCGUCCGAUCCUUCUGAAUCCGUUUCUCCGUUCCUUCAUCUCACAUUGCUAUCUCUCUUUUUAGUCACGCACCGCUUAUUCCUUGUGCUAUUGUUUUCGAUUACGAUUAAUAUGGUUUGGUCGGUAGUAUUUAAUGACUCGUCAUCGUUGGCCUCUCAUACCUCUCACAUUUGUGUCAGUAGCUGCGCAUUCUCAAUUAUUUUCCUCUCCUGCUACCCGUGAUAUCGAUGUGCUUCACUUUCGGAUAAAUUUGCGAGCUCUCAUUAAUGAAUCAGCUUGGUAGAAGUUAUCGAGUUCAUUAAUGGGGGCAUACAUCAUAGUGUCAUAGUCAUGGCUAAACGGACUUUUGAUAUAUUUCAAGAAUGUGAGCAU